AUGUUCGCUCUCGAGGUAGAUGAGAGAAGCAAGCUGGGCUCACUGCUGCUCGGAUCGCGCUUCAAGCUGGCGGAUUCUGUGCUGGCACGAGGGGAGUGGAUCUUUGCAGCAACAGCGGCAGCUGCGGUGCUUGUCCUCUUGACCUUGCGAUUUCAAGCCGGCCAGAAUUGCCAAGGCAGGUUCAAGCGAAUUCCUGGUCCACGUCAACUGCCCAUCAUUGGCAACAUUGGGCAAGUGGAUGCAGCACGUCAGCAUCCCAAGUUCCUGGAAUGGGCACGACGCUACGGCGAGAUCUACCAGGUUCGCUUCGGCAGCAACCGCAUAGUGGUGCUCAACUCUGCCAAGGCGUCGAUCGAGCUGCUGGAUCGAAGAAGUUCGAUCUACAGCUGUCGACAGGGACCGCAUUUUGCACACGAUCUGAUGAGCGCUGGACAGCGACAGGUUUUUCUGCCAUAUUCCAAGGAAUGGAAGGCGGCGAGGGCGUCGGUGCAUCCAUUCUUGAUGGGCACCAAGAGUCAGGGCUACAAGACGAUUCAGGAACACGAAUCUGCGGUGCUAAUCCACGAUCUAUUGAGGCAUACGCAGCACUGUCUUUCGCAUCGUCGAGAUCAAGAUCUACCGCUCACACACGAAACUGGCUGGGAGGCACACGUGCGGAGGUACACCACUUCGGUGGUGAUGAACAUCACGUAUGGUCGACGCGUUACAAGCACGUAUCGAAAUCCGGAACUGCACAAGAUCUACGAUGUGCUCGGCAACCUGGCUGUGGUAGGCCAACCCGGACGGAACGCAUGCGAUGCUUUCGCAUUUGUCCGAAAACUUCCUGACUGGCUCGCUCCGUGGAGAGUGCAAGCCAAGGCGAUGCACAAGUGGGAGAUGGAGCUCUGGGGUGGUUUGCUCGAACGCACCAAACGCGACAGGCAACACGGUCGACCCUGCCAAGGCUACGUUGCUAGUGUUCUUGACCGGCGUCAGCACGCACCAAGCUCAGCAAGCUUUGACGGCUCUGGACUCACCGCCGAGGGAGAGAUGACCGACUUGCUGCUCGCCUACACGGCAGCGACGGUUCUGGAAGCCGGGUCCGAUACAACCGCUUCCAGCAUCUCGUUUUUCAUCCUGGCGUGCCUGAAUAAUCCUAGGAUCUGGGACAAGCUGUUCAAAGAACUGAUAUCGGCAUGCGGCGACGCUCUGCCGACGUUUGACAAGAUUCAAGAUAUACGCUACCUGCGAGCAUGCAUCAAAGAGACGCUUCGUCGACGACCACCUACCAUCAUGGGUAUCCCGCAUCGAGUGAUACGCGAUGAUGUUUACGAUGGCUACCUGAUCCGCGCAGGUACUGUGGUGAUGGGCAACGUAUGGGCGAUUCACAACGAUCCGCAACGAUAUCCGAACCCGGAAAAGUUUGAGCCGGAACGGUUUCUGGGCGACGAUCUGAGCGCCGCGCAAAGCGCAGCUACCAUGGACGCCGAACGGCGAGACCACUACACGUUUGGCUGGGGUCGUCGCGUGUGCCAGGGCAUGCACAUUGCCGAAAACUCGCUCAUGAUCGUGUUGGCUCGAUUGGUGUGGUGCUUUGAGCUCUCGACGCCCGUUUCGAGCGAUGGGACAACACCAAUCGCUGUUCCGAGCAUCGAUCAAGAGGCCAACUUUUUGCCCGGAUUCGUGAGCCAGCCAAAGGCGUUUGCAUGUCAUUUUGUGCCAAGGAGCGACCAUGUGGUGCAGACUCUCGAGAACGCCGCAGCAGAAGCGCAGGAGUACUGGAGCGCCAACGAUCUGGAACCGGAUCAGCGCGAUCACUACUACAAGGAUUGA